AUGUCUUCCUCCGCUGCGACCGAGACCGAGCAAGUCGAGGCCACUGCGGCGAUACAGUUGCAGCAGCAGCCAGAUUCGUCCUCUCUCGAUCCCAGUCCCGUCCACGAACUUCCUCCUCGCCCCGUUCCUUCGUCAGAUCCGCGACUCUCCAUCGACCAGGACAGAGGCCCUGCGAACUCGCCGCCCACCGAUAACAACGAUGAGCACGACUUAUUCAAACUCAAGCCGGCCGAGGCACUGCAGCUCCUCAGCGCCAGCGUCGAGCUGUUGGUUCGCAUCACCGGCGAUGUGCCUCCAACACCGCCGCCCAAGACGCCUACCGACCCUCAGAUGAGCAACAUGCAGGUCGAGAAGGAGAACAUUGCGCGGUCGCACUCGGAGAAGAGCCUGGCACGACUACGCGCCCAGGCCCUGCGAGAGGAGCAGGAAGAGAAGCUUAGAAAGCAGCGACACCAGCAGCAGGAGAUUCAAGAGAAGCUGCAGAAACAGAAACACAGCCAAAAGAGUGGCUCGUCGUCGUCGAUCGACGGCGUGCGAUUGAAACACAACUCCUUGCGACACGCGAACCCUUCGUCGUCCGCCCCAAACCUGCAUCCCCCGGAACCCUACAUCGUCGUUGGCGCCGACUCGCAGCCGCUUAACCUGCAGCACGGCGCCAUUACCCGCAAAUUUUACAGCAAAAACGAACCUCCCAUCUCGGUAAACCAGUAUCUGCUGCGGCUUCACCAGUUUUGUCCCAUGAGCACGGCCGUCUAUCUCGCCACUUCGCUGUACAUCCACCGCCUCGCCGUUGAGGAGCGCGCGAUCCCCGUAACGAGACGAAACGCACAUAGACUGGUCCUCGCUGGUCUGCGGGUGGCCAUGAAGGCACUCGAGGAUCUAUCCUACCCGCAUACAAAGAUUGCCAAGGUCGGCGGCGUGAGCGAGGUCGAGCUGGCGAGACUGGAGAUUAGCUUCUGCUUCCUGGCUGGAUUUGAGCUGGUCGUAGGAGAAGAGAUAUUGAAGAAGCAUUGGCAGGUGUUAAGAGAAGGCAAAGUAGGGCGGAUGGUGGACGGCGUGGAGGUUCCGCUGCUGAAGCUGGACAAGAAGCGAAAGACGUCGCGGGAGGUCCAUCAGCUGAUGCAGUGA